CCCUUGUCAUCCAUUAGAGCGGUUAUCAAGAGAUCACUCAUGAAUAGUGCACAGCAAAAAUGCCCCGUGGAAGAGCUUCUCGGACUUCUUUUCAGAGCGAGUUUCAUCGAGAUAGGAGGCGCCCAGAGAUCACCAUCGUGGCAGCUGAGCCCCUGAGGCCGGCCUCGUGGUUUCCAGGAGCCCCACCCCCGGGACUGGGAUUUCCCCCUUCUUCGGCAGCAGGCCCUUGGAGGCCCAGUGAGCUGGUUCCUGCUGAGCUCCCACCAUCUUAUGAACAAGUCAUAAAAGAAAUCAACCAAGUUCAAGUUAAUACUACAAAUAAUAAUAAUGCUGCUGCCACUCCAAGGCACACUAUUACGUCUGCAACUCAGACUGACUUUACAGAAGAAUUAGACAACCAUCUGCCUCAGAGUAGUGCAACACUACAGGCACCUCUCAAGCCUCUCCAGCCUUCCCCGGCGGUCGCAGCCAGUGAUCUUCCAACAAAUGUGGCACCUUUAAUCGUCUUUGAUAUUUCAGAAGAACAGAAUUGUCCAGAGAAUUCCAGUGCUGCAAGAUGUCCAGUGCCAAGACCAAGAUCAAAAGCCAACCUCAGACCAGUAGCCAGAGACAGUCACAUUAAAGCGCCAAAUCACCAGAAAACCAGCCCCACGGCCACAGAAAAGGAGUCCUCGCUGAGCCAGCCCCAGUCUUUGUUGGACAGUACCAACGACUUGGAAAGUCAGGCAGUGAUGAACAUUAUGAACACAGAACGAAGCCAAAAUAGUGUCGUUUCAAGAAUCAAAGCGUUUGAGGGUCAGACAAAUAAAGAAACCUCGGGACCGCCGGCGAAACCGGAAACUGCUCCCCGCACACUCCCCCCCAGGCCUGCUGUUCCCUCAGGGAAACCCUCAGUGGCUCCCAAGCCAGCUGCCAGCAGAGCUUCUGGAGAGUGGGACUCCCGGACUGAAAACAGACUCAAGGUGGCCCCUAGGGAAGGGCUCACCCCGCACUCUCCACUGCAAGUAGGGAGCAUCCCAGCAACCAAACCUGAAUUGCCAAAGAAACCAAAUGCUGGCCUUACACGAAGUGUUAAUCAUGAGAUUCUGGGAGGAGGGUCCGUGGCUGAGAGCCCUGACGGUGGGAAGAAAGUCCCAACUCCUGCUCCUCGGCCGCUGUUGCCGAAGAAAUCGGUUUCCUUAGAAAACCCCAACUCCACAGCUCUGCCGAAACCAGUCACCGUUCCUCCCCGACUCUCAGUGGCGUCACAGGCCAAAGCAUUCAGGUCACUGGGAGAAGGACCCCCGGCCAUCUCCCCAGCUCCAGCUCUGCAAAGCAAGCCUCCAGGGGACAUUGACCUCAUCAGUUUUGAUGAUGAUGUUUUACCCACACCAGCUGGGAACCUGGUUGAAGAAUCUCUUGGUUCAGAGAUGGUUCUGGAUCCCUUUCAGCUCCCCAUAAAAACAGAACCAACAAAAGAAAGAGCAGUUCAACCAGCACCCACCAGGAAGCCCACUGUGAUUCGAAUUCCAGCCAAACCAGGAAAAUGUUUACAUGAGGAUCCACAAAGCCCACCUCCUCUCCCUACUGAAAAACCUAUUGGAAACACUUACAGUACGGUAUCUGGAAAACUCAGUUCUGUUGACAGAACUAGAAACUUGGAAUCUGACCACACGGGUCAAACAGGAGGUUCUGUGCGAGGACCCCCAAGGUUGCCACCAAGACCUGUAAAUGGAAAAGUUACACCAGCUCGACAACCUCCUCCCAAGGGAGCCCCUGAGAGACCACCUCCCCCCAAACUUUCUGCAACCAGAGCAUCCAGUAAAAAACUGCCUUUUAAUCGGUCUUCUUCUGACAUGGAUCUUCAGAAAAAGCAAAGUAACUUGGCAUCUGGACUCUCGAAAGCCAAGAGUCAAGUCUUUAAAACUCAAGAUCCGGUGCUGCCCCCUCGCCCCAAACCAGGACACCCUCUCUACAGGAAAUACAUGCUGUCUGUGCCUCAUGGAAUUGCCAAUGAAGACAUUGUCUCCCAAAACCCUGGAGAACUCUCCUGUAAGCGUGGGGAUGUACUUGUGAUGCUGAAGCAGGCAGCGAAUAAUUACGUGGAAUGCCAAAAGGGAGAAGAUAUUGGCAGAGUUCACCUGUCUCAGAUACAGAUUAUCACCCCACUUGAUGAACAUCUUAGAAGCAGACCAAACUAUGUUACAGAGCAAGCUGAUGAUUUGUACCUCACUUCUGGAGAAAUUGUUUAUCUUCUGGAAAAAAUAGACCCAGAUUGGUAUAGAGGGAGAUGUAGAAACCAGACUGGCAUAUUUCCUGCCAACUACGUCAAAGUAAUUGCUGGAGACAUCAUAACAGAGCUGGAAUCUGUAGAUGAUGACUGGAUGAGUGGAGAACUAAUGGGAAAAUCUGGAAUAUUUCCCAAAAACUAUGUUCAGUUUUUACAAGUCAGCUAAAGGUGAAGCUUGACUGUGUUCUUUGGCACAAGAACUCACUUGAACUAUCACUUUGACUAUCAGAUAUGUUUUUGCACUAUUUUUGUAAACCUUUGAAAGAAAUAUCUAUGUACAUGGUACACUAGAAUUUUCUGAAAGCGGAAUAUGUCUAGGUUUUGUAGUCCUCUUUCAUUCAGAGUAACUAAAACACGCACACGGAAACCCAGGAACCACCCCGGUAUCCUACCAAGGAGGACGUCAGGCAGGAUUAGCAAGGCAGGUACCCACUUCCCCCAGGGAAAGCGUCGGGUGCCGUGGCAGCAUGGGGAGGCUUAGGAGCAGAUGUUGCACUUGGACAUCUUUGCAUCAGCACAAGGAAAUUAACCGUGCUUCUUCAUUUUCUACUUUAGUUUAAAAAGAGGACAUUUUAUAUUCUCUGUGCUGUAAUUAUCAGGAUGUGGUUGGUAAUCUAAAUUUCAUUUUUGACAUUCAAAUUAAUUCUAACCAUUUAAGCGCAUUAUCCUUAUUACCAGGGCAAAUCUUUGCUUCAGGUGGGGCAGUUUAUUAACUAGCUGGAGCCUUUAUAAGCACUUGGUGAAUCAGCUCAUGCUCAUCAAAUGCUCCUUGUGUUAUCAAGUAUUUUUCCCUCUGUCCAAGGAUUUAAAGGGGGUUAAAAUUUGAUGUAUCUUAGUCAAAAGAACCAAAACCAUCCUGAAAUGCCUUGCUAAUACAACUAACCCUUCCACAUACCUGCCAUACCUUCUUUCUUCCAUGUAUACUUUAUGCUAAUGGGGUUAUUAUAAAGCACAUUUUCUGAAUCUGCAAUCAUUCUUUCGACAAUUACUGGUGCCCAAAGAAAAAUUCAUUUUCUUUGUGUUACCCCAGUAAUAUAUAAAAACUGUGUCUUGUCAUAGUGGUACCUUAUGAAUCACAUAUAUCUCAGAAUACAGAGCAACUGUUAAGACAGAAAACACCAAACCCCCACAGCUUAUUUCUUUCCACUAUAAUCGGAAUGAAAAAUAAUUUAAGAAGGCCCAAGACUGAUACUUCUUUGGGUAUUUUUCCCCUAGCUUAUUCCUGCGCAAAUUAUUAGAGUAAAUAAAAAGCCACUUUCCUGCUAUCCAUUUGUUACACAUUCCAGACUUAAGAUAAAAGUGGUUCUUUAUGUGACUGAAUCAAUUACAGCUUAUGGGCUUAAGCCAAAUAGGUCGAAGACAAUCUUCCAAACAGAUCAAUGGAAUAGAAUUUCAUUGGAAAUGUAAAACACUUCCCCAACAACCUUCACAAUUUUCUUCCAUUUUUGAGAAGAGUUUCAUAUGCUUGGUCACUUUUUAGCUUUCAUCAUUGUUUCCCACUGUCCAAAAAGUUAGGCAACCAGUUGGCAACAAUUAUGUGAACACCAUGUGGGGUUCUGUAAGGGAGGAGAUGUUUGUCUUUGAUGGAACUUCAUCUUCCAGUUACCUGGUUAUAAUUGAUUUUGGAGUAUGGGAGCUGUUUUUCUUACAUUUUGGUUAAAGAGGACAGUAUAAAGAAAACUCUUGUCAAAUCUCACUUCAGAGUAAUUUCAUGAGAAAUAGUGACUUGGAGCAUUAUCUCCACUGAAUUCUUACUUGCAGCAAGGUGCACAACAGCAGGAAGUGGGGGAUGUGUCUGGAAUAGGACAUGAGGUAUAAUAUUUGCCUGUGUAAUUUUGACAUCAUAUAUCAAAGAUCGUGAAAGCCUAGCUUUAUUGGAGAAAAAUAUCCCUCUUAAAUUUUGGCCUUGUGUUAGCAGAAUGAUAAGUGCAAUAGUUGUAAAUCUACUUGACACUAUAAUAAACUGAACUGAACUUUUUAAAGUC